AUGAAGGGGCUGGGUGGGCAGAAGGUGCUGCUGGUGCACUCGUCGUCGACCAAGCCGUCGGGCGGCGGCGCGGGGUCGCCGGGGAUGGGGCGGCGCCGGGUGUGGCUGGUCCUCUUCCUGGCCCUCUUCGCGUGCGUCUCCCUGGCCUCCCUGCUCUCCUCCGCGCGGGACGCGUCCUCGGCCGUCGGCGGCAGGCGGAGGGCGGCGCAGUCGGCGUCGGUGGGCAAGGUCGCGGUGUCGGCGUCGGCGGCCGCGGCGAAAGGAAAGCACUUGGACGAGGCGGUGGGUCCGGGGCUGCCGGGGUACGUGUUCGACGCGCUGGUGCAGUACGCGGCGGUGGGGGGCAACACGUCGGGGAGCAUGCCGGCGGCGGACGUGCGCGCCAUCGCGGCCGCGCUGAAGCGGCGCGGCGCGCCCUGCAACCUGCUGGUGUUCGGCCUCGGCGGGGAGACGCCGCUGUGGCGCGCGCUGAACCACGGCGGGAGGACCGUGUUCCUGGACGAGAACCAGUGGUACGUGUCCCACCUGGAGGGCCGGCACCCGGGGCUGGAGGCCUACGACGUGGCCUACACCACCACCGUCCGCGAGUUCCCCGACCUGCUCGAGGCGGCGCGGGCCGCGCGGGCCGCCGAGUGCCGGCCGGUGCAGAACCUGCUGUUCUCUGACUGCCGCCUCGCCAUCAACGACCUCCCCAACCACCUCUACGACGUCGCCUGGGACGUCAUCCUCGUCGACGGCCCGCGCGGGUACACGGCGUCGUCUCCGGGGAGGAUGGCGGCGAUCUUCACGGCGGGGGUGCUUGCGCGGGCCCGGAAGGAGGAGGGCGCGGCGACGGACGUGCUGGUGCACGACUACGAGCGCGAGGUGGAGCGGGCCUGCUCGAGGGAGUUCCUGUGCGAGGAGAACCGCGUGCCGGCGACGAGCACGCGGUCGCUGGCCCACUUCGUCAUCCGCGGCGGCAGCGCCGUCCGGCGGGAGUCCUUCUGCGGCGGCGCCGGCGCCACCGUCAGCGCUGCUUAGUAGUAGAAUUUUUUUCUACCUUUUACUGGAGUACUACUAGUAACUUGCCUCUGCUCUCUGUCUCUCAUCAAGAUUAUCUUUUUUACCGUCGUCUGAUGGGCAAUGAUGAUGUCGGUGCGUGGUGAAAAGGAGGGAAAGUGAAAACCUCCAGGCUGUAAAAAUUCGGUGCGAGGAACUGUGGUGGUCAGAUCAAGGCUAAAGCCAUGGCCUCCAUUAUUUACUAUUCUGCUCAUUCUUUUGCGUCGUCGGUUCUUCACGUAUGCCCUGUUGUGGUAGAAUAUCAUCAAAAACCACAAAAGUUUCCUCAGA